AUGAACGCGAAGCCAUUGAUCGCGACAUUGGCGCUGCUGUCGGUCGCCCUCGUAAUGGCGGAAGACGCCAGGAGCGUGGAGAUCAAGCUGACCAAAACCAUGGACGAGCUGAACCGGAGGGACACCAUCAAGAUCUUCGGUGAUAUGGUGACUUUGGAAAAGGUGGACGUCGUGGAGGAAGAGGAGUCCGGAAGAGCCAGCGUGGACCCUCUAGUGAGCAAGAUCGAACAGUUCUUCAGGAGCAGGAGGAUCCAGGUGCACCUGCCUAACGACGGAUCCUCUGCUGACAUGUUUGGCAGAGCUUUGGGUGAGAAGGAUAUGGGAUUUGAGCUUAGAGCCCUGACCACUGGAGCUUCCGAAGCCCGAACCAAGCUGAAGAAGAUCGUGCUGCCUCUGCUGCUGGCCCUCAAGCUCAAGGCCCUCAUCGUCCUGCCUAUAGUCAUCACUCUGAUCGGCCUGAUAGGCAUCAAGGGUCUCGGCGCUGGCCUGCUGUCCCUUCUUCUCUCCGGAGCCAUCGCCCUGAAGGCGUUGCUCACGCCACCGGCCCCCUAUCCAGCCAGGGUCUCCUAUGGAAUCGUGAAGCCAGAGGUCCAUCACGAACACUGGCACAGGUCGCAGGAGGAGAUAAACCAGCCUUACAGAGGGUGGGCCCCGGAAUUCGCGCCUGAACAGUACCCCUACCAGGACAUCCCCUAG